CCGCCAGCAGGACGAGCGCGUCGAGCGGCCACGUCACCCGCCUCGUCGUGAGGCGCGCAGCCCGCUGGAUACGGGCGGCAGCGGAGAGGCUUCAGGGCCGGCGGUGCCUGGGUCCUGCGGCUUGGCGACGGCCUCCUGAGCGGGGGAAGGCAGGCGCAGCCGCGCCUUUUCUGCAAGCGGCUCCCUUGACUAGGUUCUGCGGCCCCCGCCAGGAUGAAGCUGGUGCGGAAGGACAUCGAGAAGGACAAUGCCGGGCAGGUGACGCUCAUCCCCGAGGAGGCCGAGGACAUGUGGCACGCCUACAACCUGCUGCAGGUGGGCGACAGCUUGCGGGCCUCCACCAUCCGCAAGGUGCAGACCGAGUCCUCCACGGGCAGCGUGGGCAGCAACCGCGUCCGCACCAUGCUCACCCUCUGCGUGGAGACCAUCGACUUCGACUCGCAGGCGUGCCAGCUGCGCGUCAAGGGCACCAACAUCCAGGAGAACGAGUACGUCAAAAUGGGCGCCUACCACACCAUCGAGCUGGAGCCCAACCGGCAGUUCACGCUGGCCAAGAAGCAGUGGGACAGCGUGGUCCUGGAGAGGAUCGAGCAGGCCUGCGACCCGGCGUGGAGCGCCGACGUGGCCGCCGUGGUGAUGCAGGAAGGGCUGGCCCACGUCUGCCUGGUCACCCCGAGCAUGACGCUGACCCGGGCCAAGGUGGAGGUGAACAUCCCUCGGAAGCGGAGGGGCAACUGCACGCAGCAUGACCGGGCCUUGGAGAGGUUCUACGAGCAGGUGAUGCAGGCCAUCCAGCGCCACAUCAACUUCGAGGUGGUGAAGUGCGUCCUUGUGGCCAGUCCGGGCUUUGUAAGAGAGCAGUUUUGCGACUACAUGUUCCAGCAGGCUGUCAAGACAGACAACAAACUGUUGCUGGAGAAUCGCUCCAAAUUUUUGCAGGUACACUCUUCCUCUGGACACAAAUAUGCAUUGAAAGAAGCUCUGUGUGACCCAGCUGUGACUAGUCGACUCGCUGACACUAAGGCAGCUGGUGAAGUCAAAGCUUUAGAUGAUUUCUACAAGAUGCUACAGCAUGAGCCUGACCGAGCAUUUUAUGGUCUCAAGCAUGUGGAAAAGGCAAAUGAAGCCAUGGCUAUUGAUACCUUACUGAUCAGUGAUGAACUCUUUAGACAUCAAGAUGUGGCUACUCGUAGCCGGUAUGUUCGGCUGGUAGAUAGUGUACGGGACAACAUGGGCACAGUUCGCAUCUUCUCUAGUCUUCACGUGUCUGGGGAACAGCUCGGGCAACUGACAGGUAUAGCUGCCAUUCUGCGCUUUCCUGUUGCUGAGCUCUCUGAUCAAGAAGAUGAAUCUAGUUCUGAAGAAGAUUGAUGUUGGUAUGCACCCUCUUUCUUGAUAGCUUACCAAAUAGCACAACUUCUGUAGCUGAGAGUCCAUUUCCCAAAUAUUAUUUGCCUUUAUACAACAUUUUACAAAACAAAGCAGUGUGAACACUAUUUUUAAAGUGACUGAUGAGGUGAGCACCUGGUGUUCUGCAUAUUUAUAUAUGUUCCUCGAUACAAUGAUCGUGAUCGUCAUCUCUCCUAGCAAAACUGGACUGGCUGACAUAGCUAAAUGGUAAACCUUUUGAGUGCUUUGUGGAACAUGUAAAAAUAAAUAAACUGGUACCAAGAAA